UUUCAGGUGUAAAAUAUGAUCGCCGUCCGCGCCCUUGCGGUCAUGCGUUCUCCAAGCGCUUGCAUCCACCCCGUGAUACUUACCACAACGAGGAGGGGAUUGGCGGGGAUUGUAUUUGAAGAGCGACCGCGCGAUUUCACCCCUCAAACGAGAGGGAGAAGCCACGGCUUCAACCGUGCGCGACUGUCCUUUGGCGUACGAACGCGUAUCCCGUUUCGACAUUUGAUCGAGAACGUAACUUCUUCUGAGGUGGUGCCGCUUCAGGGGUGCGUCUUGAGGAGUCCGCAGGUCCUAUAAACCGCUCGAAAAGAAGAUCGCGAUAUGAAGAUUACUAAAUAUCUUUGCUGCACUCUGGCUUGGAUGUGCCUGUUGAAGGUGGCAAAUACUGAGAUUUCAAGAGACAAGAAUUCACUUUUACAGUUCGAACGGCAGCUUCUAAAUGCCUUAAAAACGGACAAAACAAUCAAGUCGAAGAGACCAUUUUGCAAUGCUUUCACGGGAUGCGGCAGAUUUAUUGCGGAAGAGAGAAGAAUGAAAAAGAGAGGACCUUUCACUCUGCGGAACUUGCAGGAUCUUGAAGUGACGAGCGACAACGUUCAGCUUCCGGUUUCUCUGUACAGGGCACUGUUGAAUGCGGCCAAGCAAAACGUUUGGAAAGCGAUGAAUCGCGAGGAGUUUGAUUAUCGGUUACAACAAACGCCGUGGAUUUAUCUCUCGGGUCAAACGCCUCUACGCGACACUACGGAAAGUUAAUUUUGAUGGACGUAGCGUGAUGCAUGGGCACCGCCAGAAUUUGUAACAGAUGGAGUUAUCUUUAAAUGCGUAUUGCGUGUCGACAAUUGUUUAUCUACAAUUCUAAUUGAAUGUUACUUAUCUAUAAUUCUAAUUAAAUAUUGUAUGAGAAUUGUGUUAAUGAGAUUACACCGUUUUAAUUGAAGCUUGUUUCGCAGUCGUAUUUCCUCGCGUCCACUUUGCGGUGCCCAUGUCUUGAUUAUUUUCGUUUUUUCCGUCCCGGAAAGUAAUUGAAAAAUAUCUAAAUUGAAAUGAGAAUAUUGUACAAUUAUAUGUUAUUUUAUUUUAGGUAAUAACUUCCGAGAAUUUUAUCGCUACGAAUGUAUUAUUCACGAAAGAAGCAUAUAAAAAAAAAUGUAAUCAGUAUAAUAUUGGUGUUAGCUAGAAUUAGAUUAGAAAUAUUCAUUUAUUUGCAGGAGCACUUUGACGAUUAUGCAUUUAUUUGUACAUACCUUAUCCUCCCGACAUUUCAAUUAAUUUGCCGACAGUACAUUUUUAAAUUUACAUAUUUUUUGAAUGGCUGUUAAAUUGGAUCUGAAUAUUGUAUUCAAUAAAUUCUAUAAAAUCUG